AUAUUCUGGAUCGUCAACGGAAUUCUUGCUGUUAUUGUUUUAACAGGAAAUGUGUUCAUUUGCGUGAUUUUCCUUUCAACCAAGCGACUCCGACAACAACAUAUGAACAUCUUCCUUGUUAGCCUAGCAGUCAGUGAUAUUCUGAUGGCACUGGUGGUGGUUCCAGGUUACACGGCAGUAUGUGCUGGUUGUAAGUACCUUUCGUCUGACACAUGUUGGAUUUUGGCCCAGACCAAAGACAUCGUAUUCAGCUCCACGUUUUGCAGCUUACUUGCUAUUACAUACGACAGGUAUUUAGCAGUGUUGUGUCCCUUACAGUAUAGCGCCAAGAUGACCCGACGAAAAGUGACUGGCAUAAUAGUCUUUAUUUGGGUUUUUCCAGUCCUUGUUGCUAUCGCACGUAAUAUCUGGUGGCAGACGCAGUCAGAAGAGAAAGCAAAGGAGAUAAAUAAGGUCUACAAUGCAAUAUUGGUAUUUAUUCUGGUGGUGAUACCCGCAUUUAUUAUGACGUUUGUGAAUGCGCUUAUUUUCCGUGCCAUUCGAUCACAAAGAAGAAGGAUUUUUCCCAGGAUAGAACAGAGUUCAAGCAUAAGUCAAGGCGAGAUGUGUAACGUGGAAAAACGUACAGAAAACUCGCAGAAACGAAAAGGUACAAUUGCCUGCGUGGUUGUUGUGCUUGUGUUUGUGUUUUCCUGGAUACCUCGCUCCAUUUACAACUUCGCAUACGUGUUUGGACGUGAUGAUCUCGUUACUCCACUUCUGGUUAACCUGUCAAUGUUUUUCCUACUUUUACAGUCGUGCACCAAUCCGAUCAUUUAUUCCUUUUAUCGGGCAGAUUUUCGGCAGGCAGCUAAAAGGAUUCUCUGGUGUACAUAA